AUGUUCGCGACCAAGUGUCUCCGGCAGGCCUCGGCAGCUGCACAUGCUGAGCGCACUCCUUUGAUCAAGUUCUUGGGAAAGCGUUCGAUUCCUUCUUCUAUCGACCAUACCCCUCACGCUCAUCCAGCCUCUCCUACCCACGAACUUCCAGCAGACUUCGCAUCCUCCCAAAAGUCUUCUUCGGCAUCUUUCUCCUCCUACAGACAACAAGCCCAACAACAUGGUCCUCUUGGCCGCUCCAAGGCCGCAGAUGGAACUAUCGGGUCUCUCUCUGGACAAUCUUUGGGCUCCGUAGCUCCUGCAAAGGGCGAGUUCUUCGACCGCAGCGAGUUGCCAGCACGCUUCCGAAGACAGCCCAUUGACCUCUCCGAAAUCGAUGCCAUUGAGACUGGUGGGGCUACAUUAGUCUGCUGA